CAAGAGUUUUUUUUAAUGCAAGCUACACGUCACGGGGCCGGGCUCUCUCCCCAGGAAAUACCUUUGAACAGAAACUUCAAAACUCCCAAAUGAUGUGCACUGUUCAAAUUUGGGACCCGGACCGUGCGGCUGGUCUCAUGGGUGCGAGGGGUUAGACCUAACAUUAUAUUUUAGCGACAACAUUUUUCCGACUUCAGCUACAGUGCUAGCUAAGUCUGGAAAUUCGAAUUUGAAAAAAAAAACUGGCGGCGCUUGCCUUUUCAGAAACUGUUUAUAGGAUACAUUUCCAAAUCAGAUCUUUUUUUAAAAAAAAAUUAAGAGAAAAAAAUCAGAACCCAUUAAGAACCCUGCUAAAGUAACAAAAAUUACCUUUAAAUAUGGGGAAGACAGAAACCAAGUCUCAGAAGAGGGGCUGCUGCGUCUCAUUUGUUGGAUAUUUCAAGACGACUGGCUUUCUUAUUUACCUUUGCCAUGGACUGUCAACAUGGGGAGAUAGGAUGUGGCACUUUGCUGUGUCAGUGUUUUUGGUGGAGCUUUAUGGCAACAGUCUGCUUCUGACUGCUGUCUAUGGACUGGUUGUGGCAGGAUCUGUCUUAUUGCUGGGAGCCAUCAUUGGCGACUGGGUGGACAGAACUCCCAGGCUUAAAGUUGCCCAAACAUCCUUGAUUAUUCAAAAUGUCUCAGUCAUCAUUUGUGGUGUCAUCCUGAUGAUCGUUUUCCUAUUUAAAACUUCUCUCAGCACCAUGUACCAUGGAUGGUUACUUACCUUCUGCUACAUUUUGGUUAUUACCAUUGCCAACAUUGCAAAUCUAGCAAGUACUGCUGUGGGAAUCACAAUUCAGAGAGACUGGAUUGUUGUUGUUGCAGGAGAAGACAGAAGCAGAUUGGCAGAUAUGAACGCUACAGUGCGCAGAAUUGAUCAGAUUACAAACAUUUUGGCUCCAAUGGCAGUUGGACAAAUAAUGACCUUUGGCUCCCCUGUCAUUGGCUGUGGCUUUAUCUCUGGUUGGAACCUCUGCUCCAUGUGUCUUGAGUAUUAUCUGUUAUGGAAAAUUUACCAAAGAACACCUGCGUUAGCCAUCAAAGCAGGACAGAAGGUGGAUGAACAGGAAAUGAAACCAUUGAACAAACAAAAAGAUAUUGAAUAUGGCCAAACAAACACAGAUGGGAAACCAGCUGAAGGUGCUCAUGGGAUGAAAGUGAAGACAGUGGAACAAGAAGAAGAGCAACAUUGUGGUGACAAAGUUUUUGGGCCUUUCCAUACAUUAAGGGAUGGGUGGGUAGCCUAUUACAACCAAGAUGUGUUCUGGGCUGGCAUGGGUCUUGCGUUCCUUUAUAUGACAGUGCUUGGCUUUGACUGCAUCACAACUGGAUAUGCCUACACACAAGGUUUGAGUGGAUCUUUUCUUAGUCUGCUGAUGGGGGCUUCAGCUAUUGCUGGAAUUCUGGGAACCGUAGCCUUUACGUGGAUUCGCCGAAAAUGUGGCCUGAUUCGUACAGGCUUUAUCUCCGGUGUGGCUCAGUUUUCAUGCCUGCUUUUGUCUGUAGUUUCUGUCUUCAUGCCUGGAAGUCCUUUAGAUUUAUCUGUAUCACCAUUUGAGGACUUUGCCAGCAGAUAUAUGGCUAUGAAUACCUUGAUGGAACCUGUUAUGACAACUGCAGAACCUCAGCUAGUCACCACAGUCGGCUAUAACAACGCAACAACUGAAUCCCCAAGCGAUGACCAAUUUCAACCAGAAUCUUAUAUCUCAGUGAGUUUGCUGUUUGCUGGCAUCAUUGCCGCAAGAGUUGGGCUUUGGUCCUUUGAUUUAACAGUUACACAGCUAAUUCAAGAAAAUGUGGAUGAAUUGGAACGGGGUAUCAUAAAUGGUGUGCAGGAUUCCAUGAAUUAUCUUCUAGAUCUAGUGCAUUUUAUCAUGGUAAUAUUAGCUCCAAAUCCAGAAGCGUUUGGCAUCCUUGUAAUCAUUUCAACUUCUUUUGUUGCUAUGGGGCAUUUGAUGUAUUUCAGAUUUGCUUAUAAGUCAUUAGGAAGACAGCUGUUUGCAUGUAUUUCCAAAGACCCAACAAUUCACACCAAUGAUCACCAAGUAACUGACUGCGUGGCAGUUAGCACCUGAGUAAUAAAAGAUAAUAUCCCUCAUAUUGACUCAUGCGUUAUAAACAUUAGGCUUACGUUUUAGAGAUAUCUACUUUUCAAAUAGUUUAGAUACCCCAAGUAACAGUAGAGUACAGAAUCCAACAAAGGCCAUGUUUUCGUUAGUUUCUGUUUGCUCUUUCUGUUACAUACUAUAUUAAACAAUAUUUUUCAAGUACUGCUGAAUUAGAUAUCUCCUUUGGCACGAGCAUACCUUGCUGGAGUUCAUUUGCAGUUUCAGUAGUGAACAGCUGAAAACGCCAUCAUUAUUCCACAGUGAGUGUGCAAGUUAUUAUCUACUGCUUUGGUCAGGGACAAACAACAAUAAGUUUGAGGAUACAUGCUGCAUGAUUUGCAUUCAAAUUAGCAACUCUGAAAUAUGUUAAAUAUAAUGUGGUUCAGGUUAACCUUUUAAUGUGGGGUCAUGAAUAUUUUACUUUCACCUUCUUGAUUCCAAUAUCAUUGAUAUAAAGUUUGCCAAAGUGCAAUAAUAACUUCCAAAAUAAUUUGCAGUAUAAUAUUUGAGAAUGAAAAAAAAAUUAAAUAAAUAUUCCCAAUGAAACUGGAUCUUGAUAUUUAAAAUCGAAAAGAUCCUGAAACAUGUGAGUCAUUUGCUGAGAGUUUUCAUGUGUGUGGAAGAUAUGGCUGUUAGCAAACAUUACUAUGUUAGGUUUGAAAACUCCAAGAUGACAAAGUGUUUAAUAUUAAUUUGUAACAUUGCUCUUUCUCUUGUUAAUACAAGGACAGAAUAAGUCGAUCCUUAUAUCUUCAAACGAGAUUAUUUUUAACCAAACUGCUUUAAACAUUUUUAUGACACAUUGCUCUAUUCAAAUUAAAAUCCAUGGUGCAUUUGGAAAUAUUAAGGUAGUGAUCUAACCUACUGGAAUAUGUGAGGUGGUGUUGGGGUGUGUGUGGGAGGGGUUGUAAAGGGAAGAUCGAGAAUUGCAGUGGUUGCAAUGUGUAUUGAUAUUGCAACUAUUCAAGAAGAUGUCCUCUGUCAUUGCUUCAACUGAAAUUCUAAAUACAGCAAAUUUCACCAAGCAUAACAAUCAGAGUAAUCUCUUUCCCUAAUUCUGUCUGGGAAAUGGGGGUAUGCUCUCUAGCAUAUAACCUAACACAAUUAGCCAAAAUAGUUUUAAGAUCUCUAUGCUUAGAGGAAUUAAAUGGGAUAAAGUACAUUUUUCAUUGCUAUGACAUUCCUUGUUUGAAAGUGGACAUGAUACAGUCUGUGCAGGUGAAUUGUUUGUUGAAUACAGCUGCUGAACAUCUAUCCCAUGUUGCAGGGAGACCAACUGAAAAUCUGUUAUGUACAGCUCCAACUUCUGUGAUUUUGUGAACAAUUAUGAAAAAUCAACCAAAGGCUUGCUAUAGAUUUGAAGUUAAAUUUCUAAAAUUCAUAAUUUUUUUACAAGUAUAGAUUCAGAAAAAUCUUUUAUAGUCAAUAUUUAUAAGUUGUACCAGAGUUUGAAAUUAAAUUUCUGGAUUCCUAAGAGAGAUGUAUUAAAUAAUAUUUUGAAAUAUAUUCAUAACUUUACCUUUCUCUUGGAUGAAUAAUGAAAUUUUAUGAAAAUGAUACACGUACUAAACACUCCAAAGCCAUAGUUUCUGAAAUUGAAAGCACUGCUAAAUAAAAAAUGUUGCUAAAAUAA